CCAGUACCACAGAACACAUGAUGAAGCAGGACAUUUGGACUUUCGUGUUGUUUUGGUUAAUACCACUGACCACCGGACAAGAUGUCACGGUGACCUGUGUCAAUUCCAGCGACUGCAUGCUGCCCUGUACAUCACCUUAUCGUGACAUCAUCCACUGGUACAAAGAGGGCAAAGAGAACUCCGUCCAUACCUUCUAUGAUCGAGCAGAUCAUCUGGAAUACCAGGAUAAGGACUUUAAAGGACGUACAUCUCUGUUCAUAGAUCAGAUCUCUCAGGGAAAUGUCUCACUGCUGCUGCGGACGAGAUGGAUUGAAGAUGAAGGCAGAUACAAGUGUUACACCGCAACAAGCACUGAGAACAAGGAACAGUUUGUCUUUCUAAAAGUCAAAGUGCCAGUUAAAUCGGUGGAUAUAAAAACAACAAGUGAUGGAAUUUCCUGCAGCACAGAAAAUGUUUACCCAAAACCCAAAGUCUCCUGGUACAGGGAUGGCAAACCAGAAGAUAAGUUUCAUUCGAAUCAACAUAACGAGUCGAAUCAACAUAACAAGCAUCUGUUCUCAGUGAGUAGUGUUCUCCCUCAGGCUGUCAAAGAAAACAUCACAUACGGCUGCUCUAUCAGCCUCGGGGAUGAGACACAGAGUUACACCGCAAGCCUGAGAAAAGAGAACGUUGUCAUCUGUCCAGGAAAGGACGCCACUAUUCACUGUACUGUUGAUGAGGAAAACAAUGGAAAGAGCAUCAUCACCCUGACAUUCGGUGAGUUUUCUAUCAAUCUGAAUUACAGCCAAAUGUCCCAGCUCCAUUACACCACAGAGCAGUGGAGAGGAAAAACAUUACAGCUUGCACAUGACGGGACCAUCACAAUCCACAACCUGGAGAACGAGGAUGCCGGAAUCUAUACAUGUGUGAGAGUAACUGCACAGUCCAAACAGGUGGUGCUCACCUCAGUGCAAAUUAGUUCAGCUAACCGACAUACUCUUGUGGUUGUGGUUACUAUCGCUGUCAUCAUCGCCAUAACUGUCGUCAUCGCAGCUGCUAUAUGCUGGCAAAAAUGUAGAAACCGUGACCCCCAGGAAGUGCAGGAGGAAUACAACCAGCCUUUGAAAAAAUUAGUAGAUGGAAGAAGACAAUGACAAAGACUUUGCCACAUAUACUGUACAUUACACUGAAACUCUCUACACACAUCUCAGCUUGCUAGGAAUUUGGGGUCAGAGUGCAGGGUCAGCUACGCUACAGCACCCCCUGGAGCACAGAGGGUUAAAGGCCUUGUUCAAGUUUUUAACAGUGGCAGCUUUGUGGUGCAUUGAACCUGCAACCUUCUGAACAGUAACCCACUGAGACACCACUACUCACUGAAUGAACUGGACAAGACCUAAUACAAUUCCUGGAAAUUUAUCGGGUCAGAUUUUGUGUAACAGAAUCUGAUACAUUACCAGGAAAAGUACACUGACACCUCCUGAGACCAGAUUUAAUUAACUAACUAGCUAUAUUAUUUGCAGGCGGCGCAGUGGUUAGCACUGUCGCCUCACAGGAAGAAGAUUCUGGGUUUGAACCUUGUGGUUGACAGGGGUCUUUCCGUGUGGAGUUCACAUGUUCUUCUCGUGGCUGUGUGAGUUUCCUCCAGGUGCUCCAGUUUCCUCCCACAGUCCAAAGAUAUGCAGAUUUGGUAAACUGGCUCCUCUAAAUCCCCCAGAGGUGUGAAUGUGAGUGUGAUGGUUGUUCAUUUCGAUAGACUGGUGACCUGCCCAGCGUGAACCCAGCCUCUCACUUGAAGUCAGCUGGGAUUGGCUUCAGUUUACCCCUCAACCCUGGCUGAUAAAUGCGAUGGAUGAAGUUUAGACUAUAGAACCUCAAAAUACAUUUAAAUGUAAUUAAUUAAAGUGUAAAAGUUUACAUCUGAAUUUACACAUACUGACCAAGUAUGAGUUGGGUCAUAUAAACACCAAAGAUAAACUCUAUUCAGACUGAAUCUGUCUAAAUUCGGAGAUUUUGAUUUCUGUAUUGCAAUCGGCUUUCGCUUGAGGUAAUUUUAAAUACAUUUUAAAUACGUUUUUAAGCUCAGCUGUAAUGUGCUAUAAUGAAGAAACUCCUCUGAAGCGGUAGAAUGAAGGAGCCAUAUGUCUCUAAUCUGAAAAUAUCGAUCUGAUUAUUUUAU